AUGAUUAGAAGUGUUAGCGAGCCUUCUUUAGGGACAAUUACUGGGACUAUAGCAACAUCUGGGACUGGGCGUGCAAGUCAUAUAAAUAUGACAAAUACAAGUAUAAAGCAGCAUUACCGAGGACAGAGGCUGUGGGAGGGGCGACUAGGUCCUAUCACUCGUAGUAUUUUGAUGCUACCGUGGAAAAUGUGGUGGCAGGUCUUUAUAGUUAUGGUGAUAGUCUACAAAUAUAUAGUACACUUUUUAAUUGCUUAUUACUUGGAAGGCACCUAUGUUUUCUUAGAUGCGACUGUGAUCCUCGGCGAAGUAUUUUUCCUAUUCGAUGUCGUCGUACAAUUGUUGCAUUUAUUCUGGCCAAUCAUAAGAUUGCAUAUGAGAUUGUACAGAAGAAACUAUAUACCAUUGCUUUAUGAUGUCGCCAGUCUAUUGCCUUUGGCAAUUAUAUUCAAGUAUAAGAAAGGCUACCAGACAUGGUUACUCAUUGGAAGAUGCUUAGCGAUAGGACGCAUUUACAGAUUGCUUGGGUUCUUUCAAAGCCUGAACGAAACGGUGAGCAUGAGAAGUACGCGUAAGAAAAUUUAUGUCUUGGAACACAUCUUACUAGUGGGCUUGGUUUUGCACGGAGCCACUUGCCUGUGGUACUCCUUCCACCGGCCGUUACCUAGUAAGAGAGAUUGGUACUCAUUGGGCUUCAAAAUGCCAACCAAGACUAUAAAGUAUGACAUUUACAUGGUAUGCUGGUACUACUGCGCUUGCCGCUUCUUUAACACAAUUUUUGGUGACAGUUUUCCUGUGAACAGUUUAGAGAAAUGGUUUACUUCCAUGCUAAUGAUAUUUGGAUAUGUUUGUAUGCGUUAUCGGUUAAUCGGAGGCCUAACGUGGGAGUUGGUCUUGGAAAACCGGCGAUGGUCUGUCUUCGUAGAACAGUAUCACCACAUGAUUCAAUACCUUAAGUUUCGGGAAGCUCCAUCAGUGUUGGUACAACAAGCAAUGCUGUAUAAAGAACAGCUCUGGAGAAUGAAGGACGGGAUUUUGACUACACACCACUUGAAGGAACUACCUGUUCCUUUACAGAUGGAACUUAUAUUCGACAUUAACGUCGGUCAUUUUCACGACUCUUUCCUUUUGGGUGAUACUGAGGAAUCCUUUUUGAGACACAUAUCACUUUUGAUGAGACAUGAGCUGUACCUUGCUGGGCAAUAUGUUUGGAACCAGGGCGUAGUGAAGAAUGGUAUGCUCUUCAUCAAACGAGGAGUCCUGGAAAUGUUAUCAGAUGAAGACGAUGAGAGCCCAAUGAUUGCUUUCAAAGAAGGAACUGUAUUGGGGGAAAUAAAUCUAUUCUAUUCGAUACCAUCAAAAGUUACUGUAAAAGCAGCUACUUAUGUGGAAUUGCAGGUGCUACGCAGGACGGAUUUCAUGCGUGCAAUGACUGAAAAUCCACACAUGUUACAAGUCAUCCGGAAUAAAGUUGAUGGGAGAAUAAGGAGUUGUAAAAUAAAACAGAAUGCAAUUACAAGAUAUGAUCAAAAUGAUUCUCGAGUUAUAAGAACACGUUAUAGACCAAUGAAGUUAUUUAAAAAUCAUUUAUCGGGGGUCUCAGAAGAGGAUCCAACGUUUGUAGAUGAUUCCCAUAUGUUGUAUAAAGAUGACAACAAUGUUAGUCACCGAAAAUUUACUACAGAGUAUCUAAAUUUAUAUAAAAUAGCCAGCAAUGUCACCACAGUUGAAGAACCUAGAAUUUGCCUACGUGCUACCUUUCCAUGGAUCCUAGAACCAAACACAGAUUUUACAAAUAUGUUUGAUAUAGCACACUUCAUUAUGGUAUUAUACGUCUGUGUAAUGUGCCCGCAUUUGGCAACCGUCGCUUUGCAGUCUGAUUGGGAGAAAGUUCUGGGCACAAUCGUGAUUGCUGGAUUGUUGCUGAACAUUUAUAUACAGCUCACUACUGCUAUAGUUCAAAAAAAUGUCAGAAAAGAAACAGUGCGAGAGAUAACUGAGGAAAAAAUGGCUUCGCUCGGCUUUUAUCUCGAUGUUGUCUCAGUUUUUCCUAUGUAUAUAUUUACUGACACAUUGGAUCCUACAGGUGAAUCAAUCGCUACGCAAAUAGCUAUUAUGUUUCCAACUUUACAAGUAUGGCAUAUUUGGGAUUAUUUGAACAAAUGGCAAAGAAAUUUCAAUAACAACACAAAUUUGUUAUGUUGCACAAAAUAUUGCCUAUUAAUAUUAAUAUUAUGCUAUUGGUCUGGUAGCAUCUUAUACCUUACUGCUUGCCCGAGAAAUUUAUGUAGAGAGAAUUCUUGGAUGUCCUUGCUUAUUUACUGGGAGACGAAAAUAUUUGUAACUAAUGAUGCUAAACAUGAAAGGCCAAUGACUUCUUCCCUAUUCUUUGGAACAUCAGUUUUCACAGGCAGCGGAGCGUCUGAAAUAUCACCUGGAACUGAGGAUUUAAUUCUGAUUGUAUUCCUUUUAAUAUUGGGAGCAUAUUUGUCUUUUUUCUAUGUUGCUAAGAUUUGUUCCAUAUACGUAUUAUCAACGCAAAGGAAAUUAAAGUUUAAGGAGUCUAUGAGAGAGCUCUUUUACUUCCUCUCUGUGAAUCAUGUCAGUGUAAAAAUCAAGGCACGGGUGAAAAAGUUCUUUUGCGUUCAAUGGUAUUACAACAAAGCAGUUUCAAGUGACGAAAUAUUUAAGGAUAUGUCAAGUAAUAUCCAACAAGAGAUCUUAUCCUUGGAGAUGAUAGAAACGCUAUUAUGCUGCCCACUUUUUCAGGACUGCAGUCGAGAUUUUUUGCAAACUCUGGCGUCCAACUCCAGAACUAUUGUGUUACCAGACAAUGAGAUUGUACAACACGCAGCAGACAUUGGCCGUGACAUGUAUAUUUUGAAAAUGGGUUAUUGUAAGCGAAUGAAUAAUCAAGGCAAUGUUGAAUCGUCUUUUGGACCUGGCACAAACAUAGGUGUUGUCGAAAUGCUGUACGGUCUCCCUAAGGUCCAUACAGUGGUGACCACAACAAAUUGUAUUUUGCUUCAUAUAGAAUACGCUGUUUUGGUACAGUGUUGGAGCACAUUUCCUGAUAUCUGUGAUCCAAUUCAACAGGUUAUAAAGGAUCCUGAAAUCAGUCAGCAAGCCUCACGUUAUGAGGAAGGCAAGCCGCUAAUAGGAAAAAAUUAUGCAAAGACGAACAAAAUUACGCAAGAAAUAAAAGAGAGCUUCGUGAUUAUAAGCGGAAUGAAGGCAAAAAUGCAAUACCAAAAAGUGUUUGACAAAUUAGGGAUCAUGAGAUACUUUAGAUAUAUAUUUCUGCCAGGAUGUAUUACCCCACAUGGAAUAUUCUUGAAACUCUGGUGCUUAUUACGAUUUGUAUUGGCAAUAUAUUAUGUUAUUGUUAUUCCAUACAAUAUCGCUUCCAAACAAAGCAGGUUGGGCAGUUCGUACUCCUGGACAGACAUUUUAUUGUAUGUGGAUAUUGUAUUGAUGGCAUACGUGGCUUAUUAUGACGAGAGGUCCCUAUUAGUGACACAUCCUUUGCUCACAUUGACACGUUAUCUGAAACAUGCUUUCAUUUUGGACGUCCUUAGCGUCUUCCCUUUUGAAGAGCUGUUCAAAAUCGUAAAUGAACACGCAGACACCGAUCUAUAUAGAAUGAAUCGAAUAUUACUUGUAUUCAGAAUAACAGGUACGUUCUCAUACUGGGAAACUGAUAUAAUGCAAGUCAAUCAAGCAGUCGUACUGCUGAAGUUUCUUCCGAUUGCUAUGACGCUGGUGAACUUUGCGACCGCAUUUAUCUUUAUGAACUCCUGCAGGCCAUGUAUACUGCCCAAUACUAGUUAUGCCAUGGUGAAUUGUACGAGUGUUAUGGUGUUUAAUACUGCGGAACGUGAAUUAAAAUAUGCCGUGUCACAGUAUAUUCACACUCUCUAUUGGGUUUUUCAAGUAUUUGUCGGUUGCGGAUGCACCCCAGUAAUCGUCUCGAACUCAACAGAUGUCUGGUUGACGAUGGCAUUACAGAUCACUGGAGUACUGUAUUUUGCAUUUAUGUUUGGUUAUAUUUCGUCAACGCGCUCUGCCUCUUCACAUGCUUUACUGAGUCACAAUGAAAAAACGAGGGAUUUAGCGGAUUUUUUGUAUCGGGAGAACGUGGACUUCGUGCUUUCGAUGAAAACUUUGAAAUACUUUGAAUAUGUAUGGAAAAGAACCCACGGCAGUGAUCCCCAGAAAAUCUGUCGAGGUCUAAACUCUGCGUUAAUGGAAGACACGCUCGUUUUUAUGUACGAGAGGGCACUUCGCGAGGUGCCGUUGUUUGGUAAAGUGGAACGCUCUUUCAUCAGGGUCAUUACGCAGCAUCUUCACGAAAUGUAUUUCCUUAAAGGCGACACGGUUGUACUGUGUAAAGACUUGCAAACCAAUAUUUAUAUCAUUUAUAGAGGCAAGGUCGACGUUAUGAGUUCAUACAAUGAAAUGAUAACAUGUAUGGGACCAGGUGGAAUGUUUGGUAAUUUUACUGGACAACCAGUCUCAAUUUCUGGAGUAGCAAUAUACGCAAGCAGAAACUUGGACUUGCUGGUACUUCCUUCUCAAAUGUUUUUCAACCUCGUCAAAUACUAUCCCAAAAUACAUGAGCCUCUAAAAAAAGCAUUCGAAAUGUCUAAAGAUUACAUUUUGCCCAUAUCAAUGGACAAUAUGGACGAGGAUUCCUCAGGUGACUCCGAUUUAGAUGUGGUGUCACAAGAUUCAGCGUUUGAUUCAAGAAGUGGAUCAAGUCGAUAUGGUUCAUUAGGUAAUGCACAAUCAUCUAGCAACAUGAGUCAAUCGAAAUCAACGACCAGUGUUAUAACUUACCAGAGCUACUUGCAUGUCAAUAACUUGUUGAAACCGGGAUCAAGUUUGUAUCAGAUAUUUGGAUAUUUAACUUGCAUGAUGGCAACAGCAAAUUACGUUAUCUCUUUGUAUGAACUUGUGACUUUGAACGAUUGCUACAUAAUAUUCUGGAUUCAGUCGUUCUUUGACGUUUACUUUUAUGCGAAAAUAUAUGUAUCUAUGCAUCAGGGAUACCUCAACCGGCACGGCAAUCUAAUAUUGGAUCCCACGAAAUGCCGUGCCAGGUAUUACAGACAUAAACUGUGGGUAUGGUCGGACCUGCUCUGCAAUUUCCCGUUUGAACUGUUUGGGUUCUGUUUUGCUAAUCCAAUAACAGCGGUGCACUAUUUUCGAGCAAACAAGCUGCUUAGGCUAAAGUACUUGGUCGAGUUUUAUCGCAAAACCUCAGCUGAGCUUACAAAUAAUUUAACAAUACUGCAGACGGCAAUGACCAUUUUUAUUGUUGUGCUGCUUCUACAUACCUUCACCUGUAUAUGGCUUCUGACCCUUAUAGCUACAUCCCCCCACAAUAUCGUUCGAACGCUGAAACUGCACUUGAUAGAUGAUGACAUGCCCAUGCGAUUGUGGGACUACACAAGCUCCUUCUACGUAGUAGUUGCAGUUCUGACUUCUACGGGCGGUGAUGAAUUCCUAGUUGACGAUAUACCUUCUAAGAUCAUCCUUGCUAUAUGCCUCAUCUGCGGGAAAAUGUUGGCAGCCACUGUAAUAGCUACAUCUAUGCAAGUCGCAUAUUCAGCUAGAUACGCUUUGAAUAAAUACGAAAAAGCUACAUGGGAGCUUAUUGAUGUAUUGAAAAAUCAGGGGUUGUCAAGUUACCAGCUAAUGAAAUUUUGGAAGUACGUUCGAAUGCUGUGGGUUUCUGAAAGAGGCCGCCAGUUACCAGCUUUGAUCGCUAAAACGCCGUACGUGCUCCGCUGUGACUUGAUGUCGGCAAUGUUUGGACAACAUUUGCGCAAUUGUUUUAUUUUCGCCGAAACAGGCGAGCCUUUCCUGCGUCAGCUUAGCGUGUUGUUGGAUUACUCCAUCUAUUUUCCAGGAAAUUACAUAAUAGUAGCGGGCGAUAGUGAACCACGCAUGCAUUGGGUGGCAUCAGGCAGUGUAGCCGUGGUAUCAGUGCGGCCUGAUCUGACGGAAACCACGCACGACCUCCUGGGUCCUGGGGAUGUGUUCGGAAUCAUGCAAGGGUUGAACCGCGGAGUCUCUCAUUGCUUCUCUUAUAGAGCUGAAAACAAGGUUGGCAUCCUCACAUUGAGUUUAGAUUCUUGGAUCAACAUCUUGCCGUAUUUCCCAGAUGCGGAAAGAAUCAUCACCGAGCGAUCUGAGAUUCUAUUUACACAAAUAUGA